AUGCCAAGCGUUUACCGGCAAAUACCCGCAUCAGAUCUGCAACUCUCUCUCUCUCUCUCUCUCAGUCCAAUUGGCACUCUCACUCGCCAUUUCACUCUGCCUUUCCUCUCCAAAUCGUUAGCUUGCUUCGAGUUUCGGAUAUGCAGAAGACGGCGCAGGCCUGGUUCGCAGGCGGACCGAGCACGAGCGGUGAUCCGGAUAAAACUUCGUCGUCUUUGCUCGCCGACUGGAACGCCUACGCGGCCUCCCAGGACGCCGAGGGCUCCGACCUAGGGUUCGAUCUCGAGGCCGCAGUCCGAACAGCCAACGAUAAAGUCUCCGGCACUUUCAACGUUGUUUCAAAAGGAGUGAGAGAACUGCCAGGAAGUUUUCAGUCUGCCACCAGCAAUAUCCCUUCUGGGAAGUCACUGAUGUACUUUGGUUUACUUGUUGCUGCUGGAGUGUUCUUUAUUUUCAUUGCUUUCACCAUGUUCCUUCCUGUCAUGGUGAUAAUGCCUCAAAAAUUUGCUUUAUGCUUUACCAUUGGCUGCACCCUGAUUAUUGGAUCGUUCUUUGCCCUCAAAGGUCCUAAGUAUCAACUUUUACACAUGUCUUCAAAAGAGAGGCUUCCUUUUACAUUGGGUUUCAUUGGUAGCAUGGUGGGAACGGUGUAUGUUUCCAUGUUCCUUCACAGUUAUAUGCUCUCUGUGCUCUUCUCUGUGCUACAGGUCCUUGCACUGUCAUAUUACGUGAUUUCCUACUUUCCUGGAGGAUCUGCUGGUUUGAAGUUUCUUUCUUCGUCCCUGACAUCUUCAAUCCUAAGAUGUUUUGGGAGGUGACAUCGAUGUCUGGCUUGUCAAUAGGCCCUUCGCCAUUUUUGUGUUUUUUGUUCCUUUCUUUGGUUAAAAUGCAUUUUCUUGUUAAGCAUACAAUGGGUAAUGUGCAUCCAGAGUUCUUUCUCUCUAGAUCUAAGUUUCUUGCAAGUGCUUUAGAUGUGUGCUCAUACCUUAGUUUGGAGGUGAAGAAAACAUGGCUAUCAUGUUGCCAAAGGUGGCUCCUCGUAAAAAGCUUCCACUAAAUCAAUUUCCAGAAUAGAGCCGUGCUUUGGAAGCAGAACUGUCUUCACCGGAAAAAAAAAAAAAAAAAAAAAACCUUUGCCAAACAAGAGAGCAUAAUAUAGGAGGUUUCUGCUAGGCACAGUUCUUA